AUGGAUUGAUUUAAUGGGGAAACAUAUCUAGAUCAAUGAUUUUAUAAAAUAUUACGUACUAAUAUUGCAGAAACCAAGGUAAAAUUAUCCUUAAUUUGACCAGGAAUCUAUCCCCUUCUUUUAGAACUCCUGUAUUAGAUGUGGGGAUAGAACUGGAGAAAACAAAUUUCUUUGUAUAUCCUAAGAAAGCACUUUAGCUUUCCACCAUUAUGAAGGAUGUAGUUUCCUGAACACUAAGGUGUUCCUCAGUAUGUGGAAUGAGGAGAUGAUAUUCUGUUCUGAUAUUUCUACUCAGCAAUAAAUCAUCAUAACUCCCCCAAGAAUGUUGCAUCUAAACUCCUCCAGAAGUGUUACAUCCAAUACCAGCUCUCGGUGCCCCAUGUUUUACAGUACAUGAACAGUUGGCUAGUCCAGGUGUUUCCUCUUCUGUUUGCGUGAUAUGUGAAUUGGAAAUUCAAGAGAAGAGUUGGCAGAAUGGAAGAGCUGAGGGACAGCCGGCCCAAUAUGUCAAGACCUCUGAUCACUAGGUCCCCUGCAUCUCCUUUGAACAAUCAAGGCAUUCCCACACCAGCUCAACUCACAAAAUCCAAUGCACCGGUACAUAUUGAUGUGGGUGGGCACAUGUAUACCAGCAGCUUGGCAACACUUACUAAAUAUCCUGAUUCAAGAAUUGGGAGACUUUUUGAUGGCACAGAGCCAAUCGUUUUGGACAGCCUGAAGCAGCACUACUUCAUUGACAGAGAUGGCCAAAUGUUCAGAUAUAUCUUGAACUUUCUACGAACAUCUAAACUCCUCAUACCAGAUGAUUUCAAGGAUUACAGUUUGUUAUAUGAAGAGGCAAAGUAUUUUCAGCUUCAGCCCAUGCUAGGAGAAAUGGAACGGUGGAAACAGGAUCGGGAAACAGGCCGAUUUUCAAAAUCCUGCGAGUGUUUGGUUGUGCGAGUUGCCCCAGAUCUUGGAGAAAGGAUUACCUUGAGUGGCGACAAGUCCUUGAUAGAAGAGGUCUUCCCAGAAAUUGGGGAUGUGAUGUGUAAUUCAGUGAAUGCAGGUUGGAAUCACGAUUCAACACAUGUCAUCAGAUUUCCUUUAAAUGGAUAUUGUCAUCUCAAUUCAGUUCAGGUACUUGAGCGGUUGCAGCAAAGAGGAUUUGAAAUUGUUGGCUCAUGUGGAGGAGGGGUGGACUCUUCCCAAUUCAGUGAAUAUGUACUUAGGCGAGAACUCAGAAGGACAUCUCGUUCAUCCUCUGUCAUUCGAAUAAAGCAAGAGCCUCUGGACUAAGAAUUUUUUUCUUAUGCGACAACAAAAAGGGGGACCUUUUCCAUGUGCAGUUGGGACACCAAAAGAGCCCUGGGACGAAAAGUUGAAUAAAGACACAUUUAUAUCAAAUAUAGAGACCAUACCUGUAUUCAUAUGGGUGCAUUUGGAAUAGUGAUAAUAACCUCAAGGUGUAAAAUAUGUACAUGUGAAAUGUUAGAAAAGCGAAAAGAAACAAAAACCUAAACAUGGUAGGUCAGGUUGGUGCUGUGAUGGCCAUUAAGUGUCCUAGGCCUUAGCUAGGUCUGAUUAACAAUAAAGAAGCCAUUGCCAUUAGAAGAGGCUCACAUAUCCUUUCCAUUUUCCAUUGCCAUAUGGCAACCUGCUUUUCCAUGUAUACACCUUGAAUCAGCUUGCAGAUGACUGUCUUAGAGGUGAUUGGGCACAACUCCAGAAAACAUCCAUUCUAUAAGAAAGGUCAUGGACAGGAACUUUAGAUGUAGCUUGUACAGAAGUCAUACACUUCUGUCCAUCUGACAGAUGUGAAUUUUUUUCUCUCCCUCCCCUCCCCCCAAAGGAGUCAGAAUUUAUUACUACUUCAUAGAGUUGCUCUGGUUUGAGUCCAGUGCUUUCAUAAGCUUUUUCAAAUUUGAUAAUAAAUGAAGUACAGGUAAAGUCUGUUAAAAUGUUCAGUUGAAAUCAACACUAGCCAAAAAAUGUAAGAUAAUAUUUUUCAAGACUAUCAUUUUCAGCUAGUUCUGCUUUUCAUUUGAUUCAUGUAUUGGAAAUUAAAAUAUGCUGAAUUCUGUGUGAAAGCAAAAUUACUUUGACAAAUUUAGUUAAAUUUGAUGUACUUUAUCCAUAGUGUCAGACAGUUCUGAUGUACAUCCUGAUGCUACUUUUUUUCCAUCAUUGAUUUUCUGAUGGUGAUUGAAAAGGUCAUUUAGAAAGAUUCCACUGCCCAUUCUAGAUAUUAUUUUUGUGUUGGUAAAACAAUUAAAUGCAAAUACAUACAAAUACUUUUAACUGCUUCUAAAGCUGACAUCCCUGCCUAAUAUAAUUUCAUCACUCUUCAACCCCUUGAAUUUCACACUUAGGGUAUUCUCUUACCUUACUAAGUACCAACAUUCUAUUCUGUUUAGCCAAGUUCCUACAAGGGGAAGACAUAACCCAGCCACUAGGCAAAAAUACUUAAUUUAUCUCCCAUCUCUUUAGAGAGUCAUUAAUGUCCAGCUUUGUUACUAUGAUGAUCACAUUUUGCCUCAUCUCUUCUUUCUGCCGUACAAGGAACCUCUAUAAGUUUUAUUAGUACUAAAUGCUAAUUUAAAUUAGUAGAUUUAAAUAACUGUUGGGGUUUAUAUUUCAGUAGGAUAGUUGCUAUUGGUUCUUUGACUCGGUAUAAGUGAGUGCAACCUGUGAACUUUGGUAUUGGGCAAAAUCUAGAACAAUUAAUAGGCAGAGGGUUCACAAUCACUAUCUCAAUAUUUUACAGAAGGGGCUUCUACUGCCCCCUACCAUGUUUUGCUCUUUAGUUUCACACUAACUUGGGCAGGAGGGUGCAGUUGCACUCAAUCUUGCUUGUGGGAUCCUGUGGGCAGGUGGUUGGCCACUGUGACACCAGAAUGCUGGACUAGGUAAACCCUUGGUCUGAUCCAGCAUGGAUUUUAUGUUCCUUUGCUUUUUUUUUUAAUACCAAGUUUGAUCAAUUCUACUUCAAUUUUUAUUUAAUUUUUAAAAUAGAAAGGCAAAGUAUAAAUAAUACUGUAAAACUUAAAAGCACGCAUAUUGGUUUGUGAUUGUUUUUCCUAGUUGGUACCAAUAAAGUUCUUACAUUGCCAGUUUGGAUUUUUUUAUACAGGCCAACACAAUUACCUUCACGUUUUGUAAUCCAUCCUAAUUGUGAUUAGUUUAUCUCAACAGAUAUUACAAAGCCUACUACAGAAGGCUUGAACUCUUAUCAGAACACUACUUGCUAGCAUAUAAUUCACCAGCCACCACAUUAGCCUUCUCCCAAAGCAUCUUUUGAUAAAGUUUAUUACAUUGUAUGACCAUCACUCAUCUUCCUUAUAGAACAUAUGUUUGGAAAAAAAGAUGCAAACAUUCCAUUCAUUUUGGUGAGACUUUAUGUAGGAAAAGUUUGAACUCACAGAGUCCUAGGUGAAAGGAAUCUAUCUCAUAUAUGUAGUUAAAGGAAUCAAAAGGCUAAAGAAAUUAUUCUGGAUAUUUUAAAUAUGGGUGGUUAGUUAUGUGUCUCCCAGAAACUUAAGUUUAUCAUGCCAGGAAGCAACUGGAAGACUAGAUCCCAAAUAUUAUUGUUCAGUAUGUUGUUGGAAAAAGCUUCAUGUUGGUACUGCCCCACAAGUACAAGCUUGUAAAAUAAAAUACUGUCACUUACCCAAUAUUGUGUGUAUCCAAUGGUUAAGAAAAAAUGCUGGAUAAAAUGGAAAUAUUCUUAACAUGAACUUGCACUGAGAUACUAGAUUGAAUAAAUUUGUGGUUUCAAAUUUGUAAAUUUUGGACAAUAGCAGUCCUAUUGUAUUACUGUAUUUGGAUCAUUGUUAAAUGCUUGGGGUUUUGAAUAAUGCCAUUAGUCUUAAUGAAAUAAAUAUUUGUGCAUUUUUAUUUUAUUGUGCACUAAGGUGAAAUGGAAGGAAUAGGAAAAUCCACAUUUUUAGAAUUAUCUUAACCAGUAGAGAAUUUGCUGCAAACAUACAAGGGAAGUAGUAUUUAAGUACCCUAUCCAUACUUAACAUGGAGUGCUACACAUAUUCUCCGCACUUAUCUCUUUCUUAAUAAAAGGUACGGAUUCGGAUUUUGAAAAGUGGGGCUUUGUGAAAACUGUCCCUUGAUCUAAAUGUAGCAUAAUUAAUGGGAGCUAGCAGGUUAUAUAUACGGUUUUUAACUUUGUGUAGGAUAUUUGAUGGAAGAACUCCAGUACAGGUGGUAGUGAAAGGUGUUCUUCCUUUUUAUAAAUGCUGCAAGUUAACAUGGUGGUUUUGGUUUUGCAUUUGGUAAGAACUGGGGCCUGCACUGGGCCGCUCGACAGAUUCAGUCAGUUGUCUGAAGCAAAUGUUAGCAUCUUGCUCCUUUCUGUACCUUUGAAUAGUCAGAUGAACACUUCACUGAAUGUUAUUGUAUGAGUUGAAUCACAAAUUGUGCAGGUCUGGAAUGUUAAUACCACUGUACUUUAGAUCAUAGUCAUUGAAAUCUGAGGUUUCAAACAGAAUAAAAAUGAUGCAGGGGUAAACAAAAUGUAGACUUGUAGGUGAGACAGAUUAGCCCUACACAAAGAAAGGAUCUUUAACAAUUUUUUAAAUGUCAUUUAUUAAACCAGACCCAUAGAUAUGAGCAAUAAAUAUAUUGAAUAAGAAAAACAA